UUAAGAGAGAGAGGUGGAGGGAGAGAGCGAGAAGAACUAACCGUUUCUAGUUUUGGGUGACGACAGUUACACCUUCAACCAAUCAUUCUUUGGCGGGGAAGGAGCCAAGGAAUAAAUUAAAGGGCCAAGAAUGCAGGAAUCUUCGACGGAUAUCACUGAGGUCGCUCCGUUUUGUUUGAAGGAAGGAGAGAGACCUUUUGCCAAUGCCCUUUGAAACUCCCGUCCACUUCUCAUUUUGGAAACCAUAGGAAAUCCCUGCAACAAUCGUACCGAGGAUCAGAAACUCCAUUCGAACAAUGCGGAUACACCAUACUCUUGAUUUUUCUUCUGUAUAUUCUUCUGAAAUUUUCUUUUAAUUUUUUUUUCCUUUUCUUAAUCCACUCAGACCUGGAUUGGCACCUCUUUUUAACCAAUCCAGGCCUGAAAAUUUGCUAAUGUGUGGGUCUCAGGCUUAAAUUAACUUCUGUAAUGGCAUCGUCUGUUCCGGCGGAGCUGUCGAGAAACAUAUCAUGGUCCCUCUCGAAAUCAAGAGCCCAGCGUUACGUAUGCUUGAUCUUCACACUUGCUCUUUUCCUCCUCUUGGCAACAGCCAUCAUCACCAAAACCUCUCCCGCCGCCGCUGCUUCAACUCUUGCUUCUCGGGUUUUUUCCAGAUCUGGUUCCUCCUUCUAUUUUUAUCCCACCGCUUCCUCCUUCGAGACCCAUAUUCAAUCCCCCCCUAAUCCUAACCCUAGCCCUAAUCCACAAAGGAACCAUGGCCAUGGCGAUGGUAAUACAUCCUCUGUUGUCGUUGACAACAACCCAAAUAGCAGUAGCGAUGGUAAUGCAUCCUCUGCCGUGAAACAGAAUGUCGCCCAAGUUGAAAAACCCAACCUCCGCUCAAGAAAGACGAAGACCCAUCACAAGAAACCUUCGAAACGACCAAAGAAGAAAAAUAAGAAGCACAGCAAUGCCAAUGCGUCUUCUGCUACCACCGCCAUAGACCCAUCAAAAGCAAAAACCCGUACGGGCAAAGACCUGAGAUCAUGUGAUUUCUAUGAUGGUAGCUGGGUUGUCGACGAUUCGCCUCCAGCCUACCUACCUGGAUCAUGUCCGUUCGUCGAAGAAGCCUUCAAUUGCUUUGAAAAUGGACGAGUAGAUGAUGAUUUCCUCAGAUAUCGGUGGCAACCAGGUCAUUGUGAUAUUCCAAGGUUGGAUGGGAAAGAGAUGUUGGAUAUGUUGAGAGGGAAGAGACUAGCUUUCGUUGGUGAUUCUUUGAAUCGAAACAUGUGGGAAUCUCUUGUCUGUGUUCUGAGGGAGUCGGUGACUGAUAAAAACCAAGUCUUUGAAAUUUCAGGGCGGGUUGAAUUGAAGACAGAAGGGUUCUAUUCAUUCAGAUUCGAAGAAUAUAAUUGCUCAAUCGAGUUUAUCCGAUCACCAUUCUUAGUAGAAGAAUGGGAAUUCACCGAUAAAAGAACUGGAGCUCGGAAGGAGACGCUUAGGCUCGACGUAAUUGAAGAAUCGGCCUUCAAGUACCAACAUGCCGAUGUGCUAAUCUUCAACACAGCCCACUGGUGGACUCAUCCAAAAACUUCUGAGGGCAAAGAUUACUACCAGGAAGGCAAUCGAGUAUACAGCAAGCUUGAAAUGACAGAAGCAUAUACAAAGGCCCUGCACACUUGGUCUAAAUGGAUCGAUGAUAAUGUAAAUGCUAACAAGACCACAAUCUUCUUCCGAGGUUACUCAUCUUCUCAUUUUCAAGGAGGUCAAUGGAACACUGGAGGGGGUUGUGACGGAGAGAGGAUGCCGAUAACAGAUGAAUCUUACCUUACACCACACCCUGUGAUGAUGAAUGUGGUGGAGUCUGUGCUUAGGGAGAUGAAAACACCAGUGUAUUACCUGAAUAUAACAAAAAUGACAACCUACAGGAAAGAUGCCCAUCCAUCAAUUUUCAGGGAGGCCAAUACUCAGAGAAAACCAGGAAUGAUACAAGACUGCAGCCAUUGGUGCCUUCCUGGACUCCCAGAUGUCUGGAACCAGAUCGUUUAUGCCCUUCUUCUCACAACCCAUCAUAAUCCCCAAUACAAUUCUUCUUGAAGUUUUGCUUUUGUAAGUGAUUCUUUUUGUAGUUUUUUGUGUAUACCUCAUGAAUUUGACCCUGAUUUUAAAUCAAUCCUUUGACUUUCCUGUAAUACAACAUUGUAAGGCUUACAGACUCAAAUCUGCAGAUUUCCGGUGCUCUUGCGGAAAUCCCAAUGAAAUUCCGAAUCUCAAGGGUAUUUCGGGGAUUUCUAGGUUUUUUGAGUUUUUGAGUUUUCUGGGGUUUAUCCCGCUCUUACAACUAUUUUCUGGGAUUCUCUUGGAUUUCAGACUUUCUCCAGGGUUUCAAAGGACUUCCAGGGUGUGAGAGAAGAGAAUGGAGGGUGUUGUGUAGAGGCCUCCUUUUAAUUAAAUAUGAAUCCUUUGACAUUCCUGUAAUACUACACUGUAAGUUUUCCUGUAAUACAACACCGUAAGUUGAUUUUUUUUUUUU